GUUAAAUAUUGAUAUAAUGGGCCUUUUUUUUUUCCCAAAUAUAUAUAUGAAAGAUACGGGAAUAUAUAUAUCUGGAAUGAUGUUUUCUUUGGGAUGGUGGUUUUUUGUUGAUUCGGUGCUUUAUAGCAAUAUUAAAAAUACAGAAAAAGUCUAUAUAAGCCUUGUUGAUUGGAUUCCAUGUAUUUUGUCUACAAUUGGAAUGUUUAUGAUUAAUUCGAUAGACAAGGAUAGGCUUAUAUCGAAUUCAUUUACAUAUACUAGAUAUAAUAUUGUGUGGAAGGCGAGAUUGUUAUUAUUUCUUGGAUUUUCGCUUUUAGCGAGUGGAGUUGCAGGAUCUUUUACGCUACUUAUUAUUAAAUACCUUUUACACAAUUAUCCGAUCGAAAUAACAUGUCUUGGAAUUGAAAAUGCAGUUGCAAAUUCCUUAAUAGCAUUAAGCACAAUUAUUCUUUGGGCAGCAAUAAAUCAUGAAAACAAUCAAUAUCAUUAUAAUCUUACAUUAAACUAACAUGUAGUAAUAAAGAUAUCAAUAAUAUAAUUCUACGAUUAUAAAC